CUGUAUAAAUACCCUUCCAUCCCCAAUGACCUCUCCCACCCCACUGCUUUGGUAGAUCACUUGUCGCUCCACUCUUGUUCUCCUUCAGCUCUUCUCACCUUCUCCCAUGGCUUCUGUUGAGGUCGAAUCAGCUCCUGUCGUUGAGGUUCCGGCUGAUGUCCCGGUUGCUACUGUCGUCGAGGCCGAACCUGCACCUGCGCCGGCCGUCGAGGCCGAACCUGCUCCUGCUCCGGCCGUCGACGAGCCCAAAGAAGAAGAAGAAGAAACCCCAGCAGAAGAAGCAGCAGCAGCAGCAGAGCAUGAGGAGACGCCGGCUGAAGAGCCCGCGGCCGAGCCCGUAGCCACCGAGGCCGAACCGGCAGCAGCGGAGCCUACCGAGGAGGCAAAGCCGGAGGCUGAACCCGAGGCCGCCGCUCCCGUAGCUGAGGAGACCACGGAUCCGACGGUCGAGGAGCCGGAGGCGGCAACCGAAGAAGCCGCUGCACCGGCCGCCGCCGAGGAGGCUGCAGCGGAGCCGGCCGUGGCCUCGGAGUGAAGUCAUUUGAGUGAGGUUUGAUGCCAUUUAAGAGUUACUAGUAAUAAUAGCUGCUAUGGGAAUAAUAUAUCGGAGUAUGUCAUCAGUGAGUCUUUGUUAUUGGGUGGAGUCUCAUCUGUAAUCCUUGUUUAGUGUGGCAUGCAGUGUGUGUUAGCAUUAUCACUUUAUUCAUUGUCUACUACCGUCAAUGGGGUCUUUUAUCAUAUCAGCUUCUAUGAAAUCACCUCCUUUUUCUUCA